AUGGUGCAAGGUCAUGGUAUGGUGCAAGGUCUUGGUAUGGUGCAAGGUCUUGGUAUGGUGCAAGGUCUUGGUAUGGUGCAAGGUCUUGGUAUGGUGCAAGGUCUUGGUAUGGUGCAGGGUCUUGGUAUGGUGCGGGGUCUUGGUAUGGUGCAAGGGCUUGGUAUGGUGCAAGGUCUUGGUAUGGUGCAGGGUCUUGGUAUGGUGCGGGGUCUUGGUAUGGUGCAAGGUCUUGGUAUGGUGCAAGGUCAUGGUAUGGUGCAAGGUCAUGGUAUGGUGCAAGGGCUUGGUAUGGUGCAGGGUCUUGGUAUGGUGCAAGGGCUUGGUAUGGUGCAAGGUCUUGGUAUGGUGCAAGGGCUUGAAGCUCCAGUGUUUACUCCCAUACAGCAAGCUCCAGUGUUUACUCCUAUACAACAGAAGCUCCAGUUUUACUCAUGUACAACAGAAGCUCCAGUGUUUACUCCUAUACAACAGAAGCUCCAGUUUUACUCCUAUACAACAGAAGCUCCAGUUUUACUCAUGUACAACAGAAGCUCCAGUGUUUGCUCCUAUACAACAGAAGCUCCAGUGUUUACUCCUAUACAACAGAAGCUCCAGUGUUUGCUCCUAUACAACAGAAGCUCCAGUGUUUACUCCUAUACAACAGAAGCUCCAGUUUUACUCAUGUACAACAGAAGCUCCAGUGUUUACGCCCAUACAGCAAGCUCCAGUGUUUACUCCUAUACAACAGAAGCUCCAGUGUUUACGCCCAUACAGCAAGCUCCAGUGUUUACUCCCUGUGCAACAAAGCUCCAGUGUUUUGCUCCUAUACAACAGAAGCUCUUAAGCUCCAGUGUUUUACGCCCAUACAGCAAGCUCAGUGUUUGCUCCUAUACAACAGAAGCUCUUGUGUUUACUCCUAUACAACAAAGCCCAUUGUUUACUCCUAUACAACAAGCUCCAGUGUUUACUCCUAUACAACAGCUCCAGUGUUUGCUCCUAUACAACAAGCUCCAGUGUCGUCCAUACAACAGAAGCUCCAGUGUUUACUCCAUACAACAGAAGCUCCAGUGUUUACUCCUAUACAACAAAGCUCCAUUGUUUACUCCUAUACAACAAAGCUCCAGUGUUUACUCCCUAUACAACAAGCUCAGUGUUUUACUCUAUACAACAAGCUCCAGUGUUUACUCCAUACUCAGAAGCUCCAGUUUACUCUAUACAACAGCUCCAGUGUUUACUCCUAUACAACAAAGCUCCAGUUUUACUCUGUACAACAAGCUCAGUUUUACUCAUAAUACUGUGUUUAAAGCUCCAGUGUCCAGUUUUACUCAUACAACAGAAGCUCCAGUGUUUGCUCCAUAUACAAAGAAGCUCCAGUUUUACUCAUGUACAACAGAAGCUCCAGUGUUUAUCCUAUACAACAAGCUCAGUUUUACUCCUAUACAACAACAAGCUCCAGUUUUAUAUAACAAAACCAUGUACUCGCAUGUACAACAAGCUCAGUGUUUACUCCUAUACAACAGAAGCUCCAGUUUUUGUCUAUACAACAAGCUCAGUUUUACUCAUGUACAACAGCUCAAUGUUUACUCCUGCUCCUAUACAACAAGCUCAGUUUUACUCUAUACAACAGCUCCAGUGUUUUGCUCCUACUUUCGCUUAAAAUCCCAGUUUUACUCCUAUACAACAAGCUCAGUUUACUCUAUACAACAAGCUCCAGUUUACUCUAUACAACAGAAGCUCCAGUUUUACUCAUGUACAGCUCAACUCCAAAGCUCAGUGUUUGCUCCUAUACAACAGCAAGCUCCAGUGUUUGCUCCUAUGUUUACAACAAGCUCCAGUUUUACUCAUAGCACAACAAAGCUCCAGUGUUUACGCCCAUACAGCAAGCUCAGUGUUUACUCCUAUACAACAGAAGCUCCAGUGUUUGCUCCUAUACAACAGAAGCUCAGUAAGCUCAGUGUUUGCUCCUAUACUCUGCAGAAGCUCAGUGUUUACUCCUAUACAACAAGCUCCAGUGUUUGUCAGUAUACAACAAGCUCUUGUGUUUAUCUAUACAACAAAGCUCCAGUGUUUACUCCUAUACAACAGGCUCCAAGCUCCAGUUUUGCUCAUGUACAACAAGCUCCAGUGUUUGCUCCUAUACAACAAGAAGCUCCAGUGUUUGCUCCUAUACAACAAGCUCCAGUUUUACUCUAUACAACAAGCUCAGUGUUUACUCCCUAUACAACAAGCUCCAGUUUUACUCUGUUACAACAAGCUCCAGUGUUUGCUCUAUACAACAAGCUCCAGUGUUUGCUCUAUACAACAGAAGCUCAGUUUUACUCUAUACAACAAGCUCCAGUGUUUGCUCCUAUACAACAGGGUUCCAGUUUUACUCAUGUGUUUGCAACCAGAAGCUCCAGUGUUUGCUCCUGUAACCCAAAGCUCAGUGUUUGCUCCUAUACAACAAGCUCUUGUGUUUACUCCUAUACAACAAAGAAGCUCAAGUGUUUACUCUAUACAACAAAGCUCAGUUUACUCUCUAACAAGCUCCAGUUUUACUCAUCUCCAGUUUUACUCAUAUACAACAAGCUCCAGUUUUACUCAUACAACAAGCUCGGUCUACAACAGAAGCUCAAGUUUACUCUCACAACAAGCUCCAGUGUUUACUCUAUACAACAGCUCAGUGUUUGGCUCCUAUACAACAAGCUCCAGUGUUUACUCCUAUACAACAAAGCUCCAGUGUUUGCUCAUGUACAACAGCUCAGUGUUUGCUCACUCAACAGAGACUAUACAACAAGCUCCAGUCCAGUUUUUUCUCCCCCUUUAACAAAGCUCAUGUUCUCCCACAUGCAACAAGAAGCUCCAGUGUUUACUCCUCCAUCAUUUUGCUCCCCUUCAAGCUCAGUGUUUACUCCUACAACAAAGCUCAGUAUCCUUGAUGCUCCAGUGUUUUGCUCCUAUAAUACAAGCUCCAGUGUUUACUCCCUUAAUAGGCUCAAUGUUUACUCUAACAACAAGCUCAAUGCUCCAUUGUUUACUCCCCAUACAACAGAAGCUCCAGCUUUACCCCAGGCCAACAGAAGCUCCAAUGUUUACUCCCAUACAGCAAAAGCCCAGUUUUACCCCAUACAACAGAAGCCCAUUGUUUACCCCCAGCAAAUGGAAGCUCCAGUGUUUACUCCUAUACAACAGAAGCUCCACAAGCUCCAGUGUUUACUCCUCUAUACAACAGAAGCUCCAGUGUUUACUCCCAUACAGCAAGCUCCAGUGUUUACUCCCUAUACAACAGAAGCUCCAGUGUUUACUCCCAUACAGCAAGCUCCAGUGUUCCUUAUACAACAGAAGCUCCAGUGUUUACUCCCAUACAGCAAGCUCCAGUGUUUGCUCCUAUACAACAGAAGCUCCAGUGCUUACUCCUAUACAACAGAAGCUCCAGUGUUUACUCCCAUACAGCAAGCUCCAGUGUUUUCUCCCAUACAACAGAAGCUCCAGUGUUUACUCCCAUACAGCAAGCUCCAGUGUUUACUCCUAUACAACAGAAGCUCCAGUGUUUACUCCUAUACAACAGAAGCUCCAGUGUUUACUCCUAUACAACAGAAGCUCCAGUGUUUACUACCAUACAGCAAGCUCCAGUGUUUACUCCUAUACAACAGAAGCUCCAAUGUUUACUCCCAUAUAACAGAAGUUCCAGUGUUUACUACUAUACAACAGAAACGCAGUAGAUAA